ACUUAAAUCCGCCUCUGAGGCGCCUUGAGUCCUGGACAAAGGAGCCGUGUGAGCCGGGUGCCCGCUAAUCCCGCCCCAGCCCCAUGCUCAGCAUGUGCUCUGGGCAUGCAGGGUCUGCCCCCCUGCAUGGCUGGGCUGGGCCUGGGGCCCUGGGCAGGGAGGCUCCUGCUCUGCCCAGCCAUUGGGGCCCCCUUCCCACCCCUCCAUCCCCAUAGUCCCCUUUGAAAGGAACUGGCCUGGAGCCCCAGGCUGUCCUGGCUUGUCUUCAUCGUUGUCACAUGCAUUGGCGGGGGGGCAGCUGCUCCUCCCCCACCCGUGCAGCAGGAUUUUUAGCCUGGAGAGACCACUGUACCGGAGGGGAAACUGAGUCACGGAGCGAUUGUGCUUGGAGGCAGAGCAGAGCUGGGGACAGAACCUCGCUGCCUGCUCUAACCACUAGUCCCCACUUCCUUCCCAGUGCUAGGAGAGACCCUCAGAGUCUUGCUAGGCCUAGACCCCAGGCCUGUGCUUUAGCCUGGUGCCACCAUUCUUGACUUCCCACCCCCCUCGUUGGCUGGGCACACCCGGGGCAAUAAGCAGGGUCACUUUACAGCCCCCCAACAGUGGGUACAACAUGGCAGGCUCCUGGCAUCUCCUGUCCAGCCCUCUCCUUACCCUUCGCCCCUUCAGUCACACUCCCUGUGCUUGGCCUGGGCAAACUGGUCCCCUCCAGAGCCCGGUUCCCCUCUCUCUGCCUGCGUGGGGGCGCACAUGGUAUGUGGGUGCAGGGCCCCACUGUUGCCUCCUGGCCUGACACAGAGCCACCCCUGCCCUGGCACUGCCCCCUGUGCCCAACUCCUGCUGGGGGGCUCUGCAGGGCCACAGGGGUUAACCCUGGGCUCGCAGGACACGCCCUGUGCGGGAGGAAGAGGGAGGGCUGGAAAAUCCACCCUUCCCCACACUUGGCUAGAGCAGAACUUGUUGCUCAGCCUCGCGCAGAAGGACCCAGCCCCAACUUCCACGGCACCAGCUCAGGGCUGAUCUGAACAGCAGGGAGGUGCCAGCCAUGUGGGUCUACAUGGGCCUGGUGGCCCUAGUGUGGGCGCUAGGCUGGUACCUGCGGGACCGCCAGACCCUGGCCAGCGUCCAUGACAAGCACGUCUUCAUCACGGGCUGCGACUCGGGCUUCGGGCACCUGCUGGCCCGGCGGCUGGACCGGAAGGGUUUCCGCGUGCUGGCUGGCUGCCUGACCCAGAAGGGGGCCGACAACCUGCAGCGCGCCAGCUCCGCCAGCCCGCGCGCCACCCUCCUCAUCGAGGUCACCCUGGCCUUCCUGCCGCUGCUGAAGCGGGCGCGGGGCCGCGUGGUCAACACGUCCAGCGUGCUGGGGCGGCUCUCGGCCAACGGGGGCGGCUACUGCGUCUCCAAGUACACCGUGGAGGCCUUCUCCGACAGCCUGCGGCGGGACAUGUACCACUUCGGCGUGCGGGUCUCCAUCGUGGAACCCGGGUUCUUCAAAACGGCCGUGACCAGCCUGGACACCAUCGAGGCAUCGUUGCAGCAGCUGUGGGACCAGAUGACACCGGAGGCCCGGCAGAGCUACGGGGAGGACUUCUUCAAGCAGUACCUGAAGGUGCAGCGGCUCAUCAUGAACUUCAUCUGCGACCCCGACCUGAGCAAGGUCACCAACUGCAUGGAGCACGCACUGCAGGCCAAGCACCCGCGCACCCGCUACAGCGCCGGCUGGGACGCCAAGCUGCUCUGGCUGGUGGACUUCGUGCUGGCCACGAUCCUGCCGAAGCCGGCCCACCGCGUGCGCUAGCCCUGGCCCUGCGGGGGAGGGGAGGGCACCAUCUGUGGGGUUUAGCCCAAGGAAUGUGAUCCGGCCCCCCAACGCCUGUUGGAAAUAA